AUGUAUUCUGAGCCCUCUGAGUCCUCCGACGAAGGCACUUUACCCAUGCGGGAACCUCCCCUGCCCCAGUACGUGUAUAAAACCAGCGACUGGGCUAGCACUCAAAUAGCGCUAGAAGCGGCUCUAGUCGCCCUUUACCUGCAAGGGUCGAUAAUACACGCACUGCGAGGAAAGGUCGCGGCACUAGAUAACGACAUAAGUCACCUGACGGCGUUAUUGAAGGAUAAUUUCCCAAAAUGUGCGGCCGCAGGCCAGGAGAUCACAUUAUCGAAACAACAGAUAUUCGACACUGCAGUCAAACUAGAAUAA